UCUCUCCUCUCCCCUCCCUCCCCUCCCGGCGCCUGCGCGCUGUGGCCGCUCGGGCGGAAGGGCCGGGCCCGUUCGGGGCCCGCGAUGGCUCCGGAGCCCUGGCUCUCCCUGCUCGAUGCCACUCGCCAGCUCGCCCAGGACAUCGCCGAGAAGAUCCAGGAGCGGAACCGGUGCCAGCGGAGCGGGGAGAGCUCAGCCAAGAUCAAUGUGGCCAUCAGAUCAUCUCUGCAGAAUCUCAGGGAGAAGAUUGAUCAGCUGAAGGAGUUGCUGCUUCGGGCGGUGUCAACACGCCAAAUCACACAGCUGGAGGGAGACAGGAGGCAGAAUUUGGUGGAUGAUCUUCUCACACGACAUAAACAACUUGAGGCAUCUUACAGGAAUGAAGGCCCAGAACCAGAUAUGACAAGAUCCAGCCUAAUGACAGGAGGGGUCAAACGAGGUGUCACCAACCCGUGGCUCUUGGAAGAACCGGAGGAAACCAGAGGGCUUGGCUUUGAUGAUCUCAGGCAGCAGCAGAGAAGGAUCAUAGAAGAACAAGAUGCAGGACUUGAUGCUCUUUCUUCAAUCAUAUCACGGCAAAAGCAAAUGGGACAGGAAAUUGGGAAUGAGCUGGAUGAACAGAAUGAGAUCAUCGAUGACCUCACUAACCUGGUGGAAAACACGGAUGACAGGCUCCGCAACCAGACCCGGCACGUGAAGAUGGUGGACAAGAAAUCAACCUCCUGUGGAAUGCUGGUGGUGAUCGUGCUGCUGCUCAUCGCCAUCGUCGUGGUCGCUGUCUGGCCAAUUAACUAACACAGAUCCAGGGCUGGUGGGAGCAGCUGCUCCACACCGAGCACAAGGACUCCAGAGAACAGCCUGACUGUGUGCAGAGACCUUCUGUGUUGGAAAUAACCUCAGCAGUACCAGACCGAAGCCGUGUCCGCCAGACAUCCGCUCUCCUUCGGUGCGCAGCUGAGCAGAGCUGUGUGAUUUGGAGGAUUUCAACGGGAAAAGGGCUCUCUUCCCACCUUCCUCUGGCACUCAGGCAGCAGCAGCUGUACAGUGGAUACAUCUCUCCUGCAUCUGUGUCUGAGGAUGUGCUGGUGCCACCUGCCCACCUGCCACCACUUCUGCUGAGCUCAGUCGUCCCGAGGGCUUCAAAAUACUGAAAGGCAGGAGUGGUUUGGAGUGCGGCGACAUUCCUCUGCUUCCUGAUACCUUCCUUCAGAAGGAAAGUGCUUAACGGUUUUCAAGGAAUAGUCUUGGGGAGCAGCUGCACCUGGUUUCUCACAGGGUGGAAUGUGAGAGCCCACAGAGCCCUUUGGGAGCAGCAGGACUCCUGGGGGCUGCACGGAAUCGCUGGCGAGUCAGACCAGAGUUAUUGGGGAGUUAUUGAUCUCCACAGAGAGAAAUGUGAACAGCAGCAGGACUCACACCAGGCAUGUGAGGGUGGAGAGCCUUGCCCUGGUGUCCUCCCCACAGGCUCUGCCAGGCUGACCACGGGAGAUGUACCAUCCUUAACGUCCUGAUCUCGGUGAUCGAGCUCUGCCUCUUCCUUUAUAACUUCUCACAUGCUGUUAAAGCUGAGAGGAAGGAUUACCCAUCUCAAAACUAAUGAAAAAGAAGUACUGAAUGUUUGCUUCUGGCCAAGAAAAUAAUUAUUUUGUUACACGUGUCAGUUUGAUUUCAGCAUUAAUAGAGCAAGCAAUAAAUACUGAAUAAAAGCUGAUCCAUUUAUUUACAGUU